AUGGUGGAGCUGGAGAAGGAGGUUCUGCCGCUGCCGCCGCGGUACCGGUUCCGUGACCUGUUGCUCGGGGACUGGCAGACAGACGACAGAGUGCAGGUUGAGUUCUAUGUGAAUGAAAACACUUUCAAGGAGCGUCUCAAGCUGUUCUUCAUCAAAAACCAAAGAUCCAGUUUGAGAGUUCGACUGUUCAACUUCUUCCUGAAGGUUCUCAGCUGCCUGCUCUACAUUGUACGAGUUCUCCUAGAUGACCCGCGAGAGGAGAGAUUCUGUUGUAUUAAUAUGUCAGCAUAUAAAGAUAUUUUAUGGUCCCUCAUUAUUUGGGUGAACAGACCUCUGCCACUCUGGGCGCUUCAGGUGCUUGUUGCAUUCAUUGGUUUUUCAGAGACCAUGUUGCUGGUGUACCUCAGCUACAAGGGCAACGUUUGGGAGCAAGUGUUGCGCAUUCCGUUUAUUCUGGAGAUGAUCAGCGCCGUUCCUUUCGUGAUCACUGUGAUUUUGCCCUCCCUCAGAAACUUGUUCAUUCCGGUUUUUCUGAACUGCUGGCUGGCCAAACAUGCUCUUGAGAACAUGAUUAAUGAUCUGCACAGAGCGAUCCAACGCACACACUCGGCCAUGUUCAACCAGGUGCUCAUCCUCAUCAGCACUCUACUUUGCCUCAUCUUCACCUGUAUUUGUGGUAUUCAGCACCUGGAGCGAGCAGGGAACAACCUUACUCUGUUUGAUUCUCUGUACUUCUGUGUGGUCACCUUCUCUACGGUGGGCUUUGGUGAUGUCACACCUCAGAUCUGGCCAUCUCAGCUGCUUGUGGUUAUCAUGAUCUGUGUGGCUCUUAUAGUUCUGCCAAUACAGUUUGAGCAGUUGGUUUUCUUGUGGAUGGAGCGACAGAAGUCUGGAGGGAACUACAGCCGUUACCGUGCCCAGACUGAGAAGCACGUGGUGUUGUGUGUCAGCUGCUUGAAGAUAGACCUACUCAUGGACUUCCUCAAUGAGUUCUUUGCACACCCCAGACUGCAGGAUUACUAUGUGGUCAUCUUAUGUCCUGCUGAGAUGGACAUCCAGGUGCGGAGAGUACUCCAUAUCCCGCUGUGGGCUCAACGGGUCAUUUACCUGCAGGGAUCUGCUCUCAAAGACCAGGACCUGAUGAGGGCCAAGAUGGAUGAUGCUGAGGCCUGUUUUAUCCUAAGCAACAGGUUUGAAGUGGACCGCUUUGCUGCUGACCAUCAGACCAUUCUUAGGGCCUGGGCUGUGAAGGACUUUGCCCCAAAUUGCCCUCUCUACGUGCAGAUCCUCAAACCUGAGAAUAAGUUCCACAUCAAAUUCGCAGACCACGUGGUUUGUGAGGAAGAGUUUAAGUAUGCCAUGUUGGCCCUCAACUGUGUGUGCCCUGCCACCUCCACCCUGAUCACCUUAUUGAUUCACUCCUCUAGAGGACAGGAAGGCGGUGCUAGCUCAGUCGAUCAAUGGCAACGCACCUACCGGCGCUGUGCGGCCAAUGAGGUGCACCACAUCCGGCUGGAGGAGAGCAAAUUCUUUGGAGAAUAUCAGGGAAAGAGUUUCACCUUUGCCUCUUUUCACGCACAUAAGAAAUAUGGAGUGUGUCUGAUCGGAGUGCGCAGGAUGGACACAGCAAACAUCCUCUUGAACCCUGGGCCCUGCCACAUCAUGGGAGCCUCUGACACCUGUUUCUACAUCAACAUCUCCAAGGAGGAGAACUCAGCCUUUGUCAGGGGCCACAGGGAGCCAGUGAGGGGCACAGGUGUCGACUCCAGAGGGAUCCCCCAGACAGUCUAUCAUGGGCUCACUCGCCUACCAGUACACAGCAUAAUAGCCAGCAUGGGCACAGUAGCCAUAGACCUGCAGGACUCCAGUGACAGCAGUCCAGAGGGUACAGGCCCAUCAGAGCUGGCUCUGCCCGCCGUGAGUGGUUCUGGGGAGGAGAGGAAACACAGCAUUGCCCCCGUCCUGGAGGUGGUGGACAGGGUGGACAGUCCCACGUUUGACCUGCUGGGUGACCAGUCGGAGGAUGAGGUGACACAAGGGCCCGAAGAGGGAACUAUGCCCGUGGAAUGGGUUAAAGGCUAUCCUCUGAACUCUCCAUACAUUGGCAGCUCUCCUGCCCUCUGCCACCUUCUGCAAGAGAAAAGGCCAUUUUGCUGUCUGCGCCUGGAUAAGGCUUGUCAUCAUAUGCCCUAUGAGGAUGCCCGUUCAUACGGCUUUAAAAACAAACUGAUCAUCGUGUCCGCAGAGAGUGCUGGAAAUGGCCUCUAUAACUUCAUCGUUCCUCUGAGGGCGUACUACCGGCCCAGGAAGGAGCUUAACCCCAUUGUUUUGCUACUGGAGAACUUUCCUGAGGUGGAUUUCCUAGAAGCCAUCUGCUGGUUUCCUAUGGUCUUCUACACAGUGGGCUCCAUUGAUAAUUUGGAUAGUCUUCUGCGGUGUGGUGUGACAUUUGCUGACACCAUGGUGGUGGUGGACAAAGAGAGCUCCAUGAUAGCAGAGGAGGAUUACAUGGCUGAUGCCAAGACCAUUGUAAAUGUUCAGACACUCUUCAGGCUUUUUCCAGCUCUCAGUAUUAUAACAGAACUAACCCACCCGGCCAACAUGCGCUUCAUGCAAUUCAAAGUAAAAGACCAUUAUUCUCUGGCUCUGUCCAAACUGGAAAAGAAAGAAAGAGAGAGAGGCUCCAACCUAGUUUUCAUGUUCAGAUUACCGUUUGCAGCUGGGAAGGUGUUUAGUGUCAGUAUGUUAGACACUCUGCUGUAUCAGUCCUUUGUGAAAGACUACAUGAUCUCCAUUACCAGGCUGCUGCUUGGGCUGGACUCCAUGCCUGGAUCUGGAUUCCUGUGUGCUAUGAAGAUCACAGAGGAGGAUUUGUGGAUUCGCACUUACGGUCGUCUCUAUCAGAAGCUCUGCUCCUCCACUGGAGACAUCCCUAUUGGUAUCUACCGAACUGAAGCUCAUAAACCACCCGUCUCCGAGGUACAUGGCUGUUUGUCUCAGUCUCAGGUGUCCAUCACUGUGGAGGGCUAUGAGGACACGCGAGAGCCCCGUGAGCCUCUCCUCUGCCGCUCCGGUGUUCAUCGUAACUCCACUUCAUCCGAACCACCCUCCUCAUCCUCACAGGCCAUGGACCACCCGCUCCUGAGGAGGAAAAGCAUGCAGUGGGCGCGGCGCUUGAGUCGUAAAGGUGGGAGGGGCUCUAGCGGUGCCAAGGGAGUGGGGAGCGCUGCCGAGCACAUCAGCCAGCAGAGACUGAGUCUGUUCCGGCGCUCAGAGAGACAGGAGCUCAACGCCUUGGUCCGCAUGCGUAUGAAGCACCUGGGGCUCUCGUCAUCUGGAUUUAAUGGUAUGACAGACCAGGGCAACAGACUGUCCUACAUUCUCAUCAACCCGUCCCCAGACACACGCCUGGAACUCCACGAUGUUGUGUAUCUGAUCAGACCAGACCUUCUGUCACCAGUGUCUAACCAGGCCAGUGGUCGCAAGCCCAGUGCAGGACAAGCAGAGGGACACAGAUUUGACACACAGGACAGCACGCAUCUAUGAACCAGUCAC